GCCGACCGUGCCAGAGCGACGACGUACCGCUCCUACCGCGAGGCUGCUCUAAAAUUACACGCCACUAAUUCCCACACCGCACUCCUAACCAUUGACCCACUGACAGUGAAUUGUGUUCUUACUGCGAGUGUGAGUUCCUCCAAACGCCAGCCGCCCAAAAGUGUCACAUGUGACGACCUCAACAACAAACCAAAACAUGUCCGUGUUAUGAUAUAAAAAAAGCAUAGCGCUAAGUUUCAGUGUCAAGUGUAAAAUAGUUAAUUUUUAUUUUAAUACGCGUAAGAAUAAAAAAAUUUAGGAAAUUAGCUACAUAACAAAAUAGUGUGCGGGUGUGAUCGUAAAUUGAAAAAUGUGCUGCUAGUAAAACAUUUCCGUAGUAAACAUAUUCUUUUCGCGCGUCCGGUAUUGUGGUCGAAAUGUCUUCGAGGACGCAGCGCGGGACGUCGGUCGCGACGAGUCAGAGGAAACACAGGUCCAGGUCUACUCCGAGGUAUGACCUGGAGAAGAAGCCGAAGAAAAAAGACCUGAAGGCAGCCGGAACGACCAGCUUGGUGUCGAUCCCUAACAGCAUAAAGCUUACUAUGCUCAACAGCGGCCUCAUAUCUUUUGCCGAUGAAAACGGAUCGAUAUCGGAGACGAUACCGGACCGGCCCGUCGAGCUGAAGAACUUCCCCAAACUCUGCGAGCAGCGGCGGAAAUUCCCUGUCUUGUACAAGCUAGAAUUUCAGACUGCAAUCAAAGUGGAAACACACGCAUGUCGACACGCACAGAAGAAAACAAACGUCCACAAAAACCAAAAUCAAAAAGUUACUCCGUAUGACUACAACAGAGUGGUGCUACAGACGGUUGACCGGGAACCGGAUUCCGAUUAUAUUAAUGCUUCCUAUGUAGAUAGUAUAUUAAAGCCAAACGCGUACAUAGUGACGCAGGGGCCAACAGAAGAGACGGUGGUGUCCUUCUGGCGCAUGAUAUGGCAGGAGCGGGCCGCUGCCAUCGUCAUGCUCACCAAAACAUUCGAUUUUAUCAAGGUGAUGUGCGUACAGUACUGGCCGCCCAACAAGGAGAAGGACGAGACGUACGGAGACAUCAGCGUGGGCAUCGUUCAAGAAGAGGAGCUCGCCAACUUUCACAUACGCACUUUCCGACUCUACAAGACUGAAAAAGAUGUGGUUGUUGAAGAAAGGUUCAUCCUCCAGUUCCAUUACACUCAGUGGCACUCCCACACGUGCCCGUUCAGCAACGCGUUACUAGAGUUCAGGAGGCGAGUCCGUGCGGUGGUCGGGAGACGGCUCGCAACCAACCCUGUGGCUGGCCCUAUGCUUGUACAUUGCAACGACGGCGGUGGGCGCUCAGGCGUGUAUUUAGCCGUUGACGCAAAUUUAGAAUUAGCUGAAGAAGAAGACUGCUUUGAUGUUUUCGGGUAUUUAAAGAAAUUGAGACAAUCCAGAAAAGGCCUUAUAGAAAACGAGGAGCAAUAUAAAUUCGUGUAUGAUACGUUAGAGGAACACGUGGUCUGCGGAGUUUCCUGGUUUCCAGUAUCAGAGCUGUCACAAAGACUGAAACAAAAGUCCCAAAGGGAUCCAGUGACCAAACUGAACGAGUACCAGAAGGAAUAUCAGCAGAUAUGUAAACAGACGCCCAGGUUCACUAUAGGGGACUGUGCCGGGGGUCACAGAGGGGACAAUAGGGAAAAGAAUAGAGAUGUUCUUGUAGUUCCACCGGACAAUUUUCGUCCAUAUCUGACAUCCUUCCAAGGCAAUAGUUUUACAGACUACAUCAAUGCUGUGUUUGUAGAUGGUUACACGAAACCGCGGGAGUACAUAGUGACGGAAUGGCCGUUAGUACUGACACAGGGAGAGUUCUGGUCUCUAGUGUAUGACUACGAAUGUGCUGCGGUCGUCGUUUUGUGCGUGCCUCAGAAAAAUUCUCAACAAUAUCCCCCCUUCUGGCCUGAGGGGAGGCACCCUAAGAAAUAUGGGCCAGUAUUCACAAUAGAUCACGUCUCUCAUAACCACUAUACAAAUAUAAAGACUUGGAUAUUUAGGAUUAACAAGAAAAUAGUAUCGCUGACGGAAUUGAUGGCAGGAGUAAAAGCGCCCCCGAAGACAGUCCAGCUGUUCCAACUGACGUGUUGGCCGAUGGGGCAUAAGGUUCCCUCGUCCACGAACUCUCUCGUCGAGCUGAUGAAUAUGGUCGAACGGUGGCGACAGCGUACCGACUACGGGCCUGUUUGUGUUGUGUCACCUGACGGGCGCAGUCGCGCGGGCGUGUAUUGCGCCGCCAACGCGUGCAUCGAACAAGUGAUAAAACACGGAGAGGUCGACGUGUUUCAGGCUGUGAAAACUGUGCGGCGACACCGUCCGCAGCUUGUCGAAAACAUGACUGAAUAUAAGUAUUGCUACGAUUUGGUACUACAUUACGUGCUGCAUUAUUUGAGUAAGGAUAUGAAUGAGAAGAAGUGAGAGUGCGAACUCAAGGACGAGCUCUGGUUCAUUGAAUUCGGGCGCGGCGCUGCUCUACCUACCACGCCGGAGGAGACCAGCCCUACGGCGGUGCACAAGGACGCCAAGCGCCAACAGAACAGGCCGCUGAGGCCACGCCG